UUUGCGAACAAUGUUGUUAGGGGUGAAGACGAAGUUUUGUAUCCAUGUUCGUUUUAAAGCAAUUCACAGGGGUAAAAGAAGAGGUUUUAACCUGUAAUAAGGGACCAUGGUCAUGGCGGAAAGACCCAAGGCGCCAAUCCGAGUUGGAUUUUACGAUAUUGAGAAGACUAUCGGAAAGGGGAACUUUGCCGUUGUAAAACUCGCGAAACACCGCAUCACAAAAACAGAGGUUGCGAUCAAAAUUAUUGACAAGACUCAGCUGGAUGAAACUAACUUGAAAAAGAUUUACCGUGAAGUUAAGAUCAUGAAACUUAUGAAUCACCAGCAUAUUAUCAAACUGUUCCAGGUGAUGGAAACAAAAAAUAUGCUGUACUUGGUUCUCGAAUAUGCGCCCCAUGGAGAAAUCUUCGAUUAUAUUGCACACCAUGGCCGGAUGCCGGAAACUGAAGCCAGAAAGAAGUUCUGGCAGAUUAUUUCCGCUGUGGAAUACUGCCACAACCACCGGAUAGUGCACCGCGACCUUAAGGCUGAAAACCUACUUCUAGAUGAGAACAUGAACAUCAAGAUAGCAGAUUUUGGAUUUGGGAACUUCUUUAAAACUGGCGACCAGUUGGCAACAUGGUGCGGCAGUCCGCCGUAUGCGGCACCUGAAGUGUUUGAAGGGAAGAAGUACCUCGGUCCUCACAUAGAUAUCUGGAGUUUGGGGGUCGUGCUGUAUGUUCUGGUAUGUGGUGCUCUGCCGUUCGAUGGGUCAAAUCUGCAGAUUCUCCGGGACCGGGUCUUGUCUGGAAGAUUCCGAAUCCCCUUCUUUAUGUCAACAGAAUGUGAACAGCUGAUUCGCCGUAUGCUGGUGCUGGACCCGGCAAAACGCUUCACGAUCAAGCAGAUCAAGCACCACCAGUGGAUGCAGCUGGAGGGCGGCCCACCGAAACACCUCCCACCCAGCCCCAUCAUCGGAUACAAUGCCAAGAUUGGCGAGUUCAACGAACAGAUCCUCAGAAUCAUGCAGAGUCUCGGCAUAGAUCAACAGAAAACAAUUGAGGCGUUGAAGAGCGAUGCGUACGACCACUACACCGCCAUCUACUACCUACUGCUGGACAAGCUGCAGCAGCACCGCAACUCGCUGCCCAUCGAGAACCGUGUGGACAACCGGCGCCGGCGCCCCAGCACGAUUGCGGACCAGGCCCUGAUGCACGCCAAGCCCAGAUCUCAGAGUCACCGGCCAUCGCUCAGCAACAUCAAGUACGGCAUGUUUAGCCGCACCACCGACUGUGCCAGCCCCCCCGUCACCACCGGUGUCCCCGUCAACGCUGCGGCCGUCAAGAUAUCGCCCACCACCAUGCAGCAGCAGCAGCCGAUAAUGCCGGGAUCCAGCAGCGAUGUCGACAACAGCGUUCUGCCUCCACAGGGCGUCACGUCUCUGAAGGACAUCUUACCUCAACCGCUAAUCGCGAUGCAGUCGUUGUCUGGUCACAUGAUCACGACAUCCAUUGAUGAGGGCGUGGAGGCGGACAUCAUGGAUCGGAGCAGUCAGUGUGAUUUGAACCGGCAGUCGUUUGGUCUGGGUCUCGUGCCGAGCUCAGUGUACGGCAAUAUGAGCAGCCUGAUGAUGAUGAUGAACAGCAAUAAUAGUAACACUUCGCUGAGCACCAUGUCCAAUCAGUCCCCGUUCACAUCCUUCGAUUCGUCUCUCGAGUCUGACGUCAACACCAGUCUCUCAUCGUGUGGCCAGAACAGUUCGUCGUCAUUUGGCUUCGGCAGUGCGUCGUACGGCAAUCAGGCCUUGUACGCAACAACAACAACAAACAAUAACAUCAACAACAAUGCCGCGAACGCGUCCCCAAAUGUGUUGAACGUCGGGAACAAUCAGGUACUAACGACGUCGAACAAUCCGAUGGACGGUCAGCCGCUGGACGAACAGACGGCAGACCGGACCCAUGUGCGGUCCCCAGUGAACUUUCACGAAGGGAGGCGGGCCUCGGAUGGUCUGGUCGCCCAGGGGAUCAUCGCGUUCCGACAGCGGCUCCGCGAGAGCAUGAGAGCCAAGGGGAUGUUGGAGCUGAGACAGGAGCACCAGGAGCUGCAGCGUCGGCACAUGUUCCAGCAGAUGUUGUCGAUUGGUGGUGGUACCGCCCCUCAGGUUGCCCCCCAGCGGAAGCUGUCAGCCCCGCACCACCCAUCCAUGCGGCAGUGGUCCCUGGACGAGCAGAGUCAGGCACAGCGCCGCAGGCCGCUCAUGAAACGGAUGAGUCUGCCCUCGGAGUCGUUCGACAUCCAGCCGCACCGUCUGCUGGCACUGAAGCAGUCGAUGCAGGUGGAGCAAGAACUGGACCGCGUCGUCAGCCAGGAGGAGUCUGCAUCUGCGUCUGCGUCUGCGUCUGCGUCGUCAUCAGUGUCUGCGUUGCCGUACACGGCCGGCAAGCAUCACCUGCUGCAGCACCGGCUGCAGCAGAAGAGGCAGACGUUCCAGAAACACUCACAGCUGUCGCAGCAGUUCCAGCACCUGAACAUCGACCCGCAGAAUAUGCCAACACUCAAGUUCCCCUAUCCUUUGAACGGAGCCGAGUGUGCUCCUCCCCCUCCGAUUCCCCUGCCCCAGACCGUCCCCCAGGACUUGUCGCUGUUGUCACAGUCUGCGAGCAGGGCAGAGUUCAGUGUCCCUGCGUAUAUCCAGGACACGGGUCAGAUGCACGGCGAGGUGGAGCGUUCGUCCCUGGCCCAGGAGGUGGGGACGAUGGGACAGGUUUAUGAGACGGGACAGGUUUACGAGACGGGACAGCGUUACGAGACGGGACAGGUUUACGAGACGGGACAGUGUUACGAGACGGGACAGUGUUACGAGACGGGACAGCGUUACGAGACGGGACAGGUUUACGAGACGGGACAGGUUUAUGAGAUGGGCCCAGCGGGUGAUCUGAACACACCGGGCGGGGGUCUAUCUGCGGGCCUCCACGACCCGUCUCAGCACAAGAAUCUCUUGAACUUGCUACCCCAGACGUUCGUCCCGCCAGACUGCAACACGUGUGGUGGCGUGUAUCCCUCGGAGAUGGCUCGAUCGUUCGCGAGCUCCCCCGAAUCAAAACUGAACCUUCCGGACACUGAGGUGAGUGCAGCUUCACAGCUACAACAGCUGCAACAACAGCAACAACAGCUACAACAACAGCAGGUUCUCGGCGCCGCUGUGCUGGCGGAGGGGGGUUACGGGUUACCAUGGCAAUAUGGAUCGGAUUUCGUUUACCUGCAGCACCGGUACGGCGAGUCCCCGGCAUUUUCGCACAAGACUGACAAAUCAGCACUUGUGGUGAAUCCGUUGAACACUGAAGGCCUCCAGGACUCCGGUGAUGUUCCGGUAGACGAGGAGGAGGCGGCGUCGUCGUUUCAUCCUCCCCCUCCCCCUCCCCCUCCUCCCGGUGGUGGUACGGACGGUGUGUACGGUUACGUCCCCCAGCGUAAGAUAUCCAAACAGCUACCGCUGUACCAGCCCGAUGAGUUGCGUCAAGUGCUGGUGGAGCAAGAGACCGAGUCGGAGUCGACUCGCAAAGACGACGGAAAACGGAUCGCUGAGAAAAAAGUGAAGUGUUUCGAUACGCUCCACGAAGAACAGAUGGAUAUGUCGUAAAUUAAUUAUAUCUACAGCAAUGGGUGUAUCAUUUAUUCCUUUCAGCCGAAUCAAGCAGAAGCAUUGUCCACCUUCCCAUUUAUAUAGUGACAAAUUUAUAUACAAAAUUAUUUUAUUUUUAUUUUUUUUAUUGUGCAGAAUUGUACAGAAAGUAUGGUCGGGUUUUUUUUCUCUUCUUUUUUUUUUAUUGUAGUAUAGAGUAAAAAGUAAAUAUGUUUAAAAUGUAAAACUAGGGGGCAGGAAGAAAAGAAACCACCUUUAUUAACCCACUGAUUAUAUCACUUGUGAAUAGUGUUAUACGUAAUUUCUUCUCUUUUUUUUUUCUUUUUUUUUUACAAAAUCCGAAAUAGCUGAUGUAAUAAAAUAGUAAAUUUGACACCAGUGGUUAUCAAGGUGAUGUCUUGUGAAAUAAUCCCCCAAAAUGGACAUAUUUUUAAAGGUGCAGACCCUAGUUUUAACCCGUAAAAAAUGGACAUUAAGUUUAGUGAAUUUACAAACCUGUAACUCAUUUGAAUAAAUUUACAGUAGAGUGAAAGA